UUCUUUAUUCCCCUUCCAAUUCUUUCAUCCUCAAAAACUACAACGUGCAGAAUGACAAGCCUUGCAGGCAGCUGUGUAAGCCAAACAUAUAGCACUUCACUUCAUAUAAGAUACGUUUAAGAGACAUGAAAACUUGAAAAAACGAGCAAACUCGGCUCUUAUAGUAUAUUUGUAACAACACUUUUGAAAUAAAACUUCAAAUAUAUAGAAUGAGUUUAAUUAAGCAAAUGACCUAUGAUCAAACCAUCAAAUACAAAUUAUUAAGACAUACGUAUACAAUACCGUACAAAUAACAAACCAUAUUAAUUCAGAUAAAAGAUUGAACAACUUGACAGCACGCGACCGGUACGUACUGCAUGUGAACAUAUUUAAGGACUAGUGGCUGACGGUGGUGGGGAGAGAAAUGGGAUGGAGGGAAUUGUAGUAGGGAUCCCUGAGGGGAAGUUUGGCAAUGGAGGCAAUGUAACCUUAGGGAUAGUUGGCAUAGUGGGGAAACUUGGCAGUGGAGGCAGCUGUGUUGUAGGUUUAGGCAGCGAUGGCUGGUUGGUUGGCAAGUUUGGUAAAGUGGGUUGUGGCAGUGUUGGGAGAGGAGGUAAAGGUGGUAGUGUUGAAGCAGGUUUAGGCAACGUCGGUACAGCCGUCUGCAAAAGAUUACGCCCCGCUACGGUGACAUGGAUGCUGGAUGAGCACAAGAUAACGAAGAUAGCUAGGAAGCAGUACUUGCAAGAGGCCAUUGGUUCAAGCUAUAGCUCUCUCAAAAAGAUUUGGAAGUAAUUCUAAUGAGUAUGAUUUGAAUUUGGAUAAU